CGGAUGUAAAGCUAUUUAAGAUCGCAUGCAGUCAGUCUUCAUUUCAACCACAUAAUCAAUCAAAUCACCUACGGAGUAGAUAGUACCAACAUGCAAUCACAAGUGUGAUCCUAAUAACCAAACCCAAUAAAUUCAUCAGGGUACUCAUAUCACGAUGUCCUCAGCAAUAAACAACUCCUCUCCAUCCACAGGGGGCGCACCUACCAACCAAGACAAACCCUCCACACUCACCCCAGAACAGCAGACCCAGAGAGAAAAGAAACUAACAACCCUCCAAACCUCAAUCGCAACCCUCGAAUCCCAAACCGCCGAGCUAGAGGCCCAACUCCUAAAGACAAAGUCUCAACUAAAAAAUGACCCCUCCAUCACCGUCCGGCGACAUAUCCGACUCCUCCACGACUACAACGAGAUUAAGGACAUCGCCCAAGGCCUGAUGGGUCUACUUGCUGAUGCGCGGGGGGAGCGACAGAUUGAUGUGCAGCGGGGGUUUGGGGUGGGAGAUCGUGACUAG